GAUAUACCGAACAUCUACAAUAAUGGACAUAUUACGACUCAGCACUACUAGGUAUUGUAUCAAGAGCCCGGCAGCAUACAAUCGGGGCGGUGAUCACUUGGCCUACACCGCAUACUGCAGUGUGUGAUUGCUUGCUGCGAGUACUCUUCCUACUUGGACUUCCCUGACCUUUGGCUGGCCUUCACAGUCUGUCAGCUCCGACACCGAAUCACCAUAAGGUACUGCUCUCGAGCGCGAUGCCGCAAUCCUUUUUCUGGUAGCGAGACGGGAGAAACAUGGACACUUGACUGUGGACCUUGGUGUUGAACGUAUUGAGACUUGGAGAAUUAUCUGGUGGGUAUCAAACUAAGAGAUGAAAUCCCUGGCUCAUGCACAUCCCUGUUUGAAUGGACCAACACUGCAGCAGAGCAUCACUUUGACUGGCGUUCAUGUUUCGACUACCAGUAUCUCAGCUCAGACUGAGCACCGGCCGCGUUUCCAUGGGAUGCAGCUUGCCACUGAAGUGGUCGUGGUACCGUAGAAGGCAAACCAAACCCCGGCCACACCGACCCGACAUUCAUCCACACCUCCUGCGGCUCUCCCUGUAAUUCGUUGUGUAGGAGCGUGUCUGCCUGUCUCGAUGCGUCCAUCCCGCAGUAAGUGCGGCAAAGCAUGCAUGGAUGACAUACCAGUGGGCCGCCAGCCUCAGAGCGGUCAUGGGUCAAGUGUGAAUCUCAGGCUGACGACUACAGUACUAGGUACUGUACCAUAUAAAGGCCGCCGUCUUGACUGCAGUGAAUACGAAUAGACGAAGUACUAGGUAGUGUUUUGGUUGUAAGAUCCGAUCUGAUCAGAUCGUGCAGGGCACUGGCAGGUCUUCCCAUCCACCACACCUGCACCAGAUCCCAGGACCAUUUCGCUUGCUGAACUGUUUGUUCUUGGAGCACAAACGCAACAAGUGCCUCAAACAGUGCAACAACAACAGGCGUCUUGUUGGACGUUGGACAGGCAAGCGGGAAGGGCGCUGCGUUAUCAACUUCAAAGUGAACACUGCAACCUGAACAACUGCACCGCUCGUUUGUGGAACUUCAACAGCCUCUGCAGUGCCAGUGCAGUCACAACUUGAAUAUUACUUGAGCAGUCUCUCUAGUCUCCUGGUUCACACGGCAGAGCGUCUACCAGGUAGUCGUAUCUCUUCCUUUCCGCGGCCACUCUCACUCAUCCUUUAUCACCAUGGAUGUCCAACGAUUGCGCCGUGCCGCGGGCUCAGGCGCGAGUAGCCUCGUCGAUCUUCCAGAAUACAUCAUUACCACCUUCUUCCCGGGAGCACGACCUCUGCUCGACACCCAUCCUCAGCUGUUCCGCUUUCUAGGCUUUUUCCUGGCAGUUUGGUACUUUGGCCCGCUGGCGAGGCUGCAGUCGGUGUGGAAUCGGGUUUCCUCCCUCAUCGUCGCCACCGUCACUGUCUCGUCGGAGGAGGAUCUCUUCGCCUACUUGACCUCAUACAUCGCAGAGCGCAAGACCUUACGGGCGGACACGACGCUGAAUGCAACCUCUAAUUCUCCGCAAGAAACGAGACGUCGGCAUCGUCAUGAUCCAGACUUUGAAGACGGCGGUCGGCGCACUACCGAGGAUCCCAAGAUCCGGUAUGAGCAGGGCCAGGGCAUGCAGCUGUUUGUCUACAAGAAGCGUCUGUUCUACAUCACCCGCAAGUAUGGCGAGGGCCAUACCUACUUCGGCAAUCGGUACAAACGCAUCGAGAUCAUGAACGUGUCAUGUCUUGGCCGCUCCACCGAACCCGUCAAGGACCUGAUUGAACACGUCUACUAUCUGAACAAGGAUAAGGAGCGGUCCUUGACCAUCAUCCGCCGUCCUUACAGCGGUGGCUAUGGCAGUCGCCUGAAUUGGUCCAGACUCACCUCGAAACCUCGCCGUGCCCUCGACACCGUCAUCCUCGACGCCGGCCAGAAAGAAAAAGUCAUUGCCGAUGUGGAAGAGUACCUGGCCGAGUCAACCAUGAACUUCUACGCCAACCAUGGUAUUCCCUAUCGCCGGGGUUACCUCUUCCAUGGUCCGCCCGGAGUGGGCAAGACGUCCUUCGCCCUGGCCCUCGCAUCUCGCUUCAACCUGGACGUAUACAAUAUGACCCUGUUGGAUCAUGACCUCACCGACUCCGACAUGAUCUCGCUCUUGAACCAGCUCCCUGGCCGCUCGCUUUUGUUGUUGGAAGACAUCGAUACGGCCGGUCUCAAUCGCAAAGGCAAACCUACUACCCGUCGCAGAGCGGGUCGGCAUGGUAGAUUCAUGCCUGAAGGUGCUAUCGCAAACAGCACGAGUGCCGAAACAGGCGACUUGGACAGUGAUGACGAUGGUACAACGAGCCAGAGCCGUGUGACACUCAGCGGACUCUUGAACGCCAUUGAUGGAGUCGGAGCCCCUGAGUCGCACGUGCUGAUUCUCACUUCAAAUAGACCACACGAUCUGGAUGACGCUCUCGUCCGCGCAGGCCGCAUCAGUGUACGAGUUGAGUUCAAGAACGCUUCGAAAGCACAGGCUGAGGAGAUCUUCCUCCGCAUGUACGUGACCAUGCCCAGCACUGGAGGCUCUGACUCUUUGGACAAGCCGGCCAAGGAAGUCGUCCAACCUGAUACGCAAGAAAAGACCACCGCCCAACUUCACGCUCUUGCCAAAGAAUUUGCCGCUUUGAUUCCCGACUACGACUUCUCGCCCGCCGAUCUGCAAGACUAUUUGCUCAUACACAAGAAAGAUCCUGCCAAGGCGGUUGCAGAGUUGCCUCGUUGGAUGGAGGAGACAUAUCGAGACCGAAAGGCAAAAGAAGAAGAAAAAGAGGCCGAGCUGGCAUUGAAGCGAAAGGCGGUUGAGGAGAAGCGCCAGAAGUUUGUGGAGGUCGUCAAGGCUGCAGUUAAAGAGGCAGAUGAGGAGGGAUCCGGGUCUGACAGAGGAAAAGGUCGCUCCAAGGCUGAAGACUCGUUACAUGGAACUGAUAUGGCGGGGUCGUCGAACGCCGACCAGGAAAAGACGAAGAAAGAUGGCGAGGCAACGAACGGAAGCCAGGACUAGAACAGUCGGGCUGGCGUGAGAUAUGUCUUGCCACGAGGUCAUGAUGAUGUGUUGUCCGCAUUGCAUUAUCCGGGCGUGUUAAGACAAAGCGGCCCAUUGCUCCGAAAGUAAAGCAUUCAUUGCCCCUUACUGAAGCAGGAUGAAUGAUACGUUUAUGUUAUGAGGGACGAAACGAAAAAUUGGUUUGGCGUUGCGUUGAGUUGACCCACAGCUCGGUUGGCUUUGGUUCAUAGAUUCAUUAAGAAUCAAGGUAGAUGUAGAAAAGCAAAGCAUAUUCAGUUUACCAAAUCCCCGGCAGGAUCCGC